UCGACUAUUUCCGCCAAGCUCUCAAGUCCCUCCAUUUUGUUGUAUGUGCUGUUGGCAAGAGAAGUGCAAAAAAAACAACUGUUGUCGUUUAUAACGAUAUUCUAGCAAUGGACGGUAUGGGAGAUGUUGCAGUUGGUGUGAAGAGAGGAUCAGAUGAGCUGAUGUCAACCAGUGUCUACAACAGUGGAUCUGACAUGAGCAGUAUCGGUGAUGUCACAGCCAAUGGGAGCGACAGUAAAUCCAAUGGGAGCGACAGUAAAAAGCUGAGAGUGGAAGACCGGAUGGAGGCUCCUCCCUCUCGUGUGCUGCACAUCAGAAAACUGCCCAAUGAAACUUCAGAAUCGGAGGUCAUUGCCCUGGGGUUACCUUUCGGGAAGGUCACAAAUAUCCUGACGCUUAAGGGGAAAAACCAGGCUUUCUUGGAGCUGGGCACAGAGGAAGCAGCGAUAACCAUGAUCAACUACUACUCUACUGUGACACCGCAUGUUCGGAACGUCCCCGUAUUCAUUCAGUAUUCCAACCACAAAGAACUCAAAACAGAUAGUGGAAACCAGCGUGCCCAGGCGGUCCUGCAGGCGGUGUCAGCGGUCCAAGGAGGAGGUACUCCUGCGUCUGGCUCCAUUGUAGAUCUAACCGCUGCGUCCAGCCCUGUGCUCAGAAUAAUCAUCGACAACAUGUUCUACCCGGUCACUCUGGAUGUGCUGCAGCAGAUCUUCUCAAAGUUCGGAACAGUCAUGAAGAUCAUCACAUUCACCAAGAACAACCAGUUCCAGGCUCUGCUGCAGUUCAACGACCCACCCACCGCCCAGCAAGCCAAAAUAGCCCUGGAUGGUCAGAACAUCUACAACUCAUGCUGUACGCUCCGCAUCGACUACUCCAAGCUGGUCAACCUGAACGUGAAGUACAACAACGACAAGAGCCGUGACUACACCCGGCCAGAGCUCCCUGCAGGGGACGGACAGCCUGCCAUGGAUCCCAGCAUGGCUGCUGCCUUCCAAGGCAAGGACUCCAACUCUCUGCUCGGUGGCCUGAGCCCGCUGAAUGCUGCCGCGGCGGCGGCUGCUGCUGCAGGGAGGGUAGCUCUGUCCGGUCACUCUGGCGCCAGUGGCGUGCUCCUGGCCUCCAAUCUUAACGAAGAGAUGGUUACGCCCCAAAGUCUGUUUACUCUCUUCGGGGUGUAUGGUGAUGCCCAGAGGGUGAAGAUCCUCUACAAUAAGAAAGACAGUGCUCUGAUACAGAUGGCUGAUGCCAACCAAGCCCAGCUAGCUAUGAGUCACCUGAAUGGGCAGAAGAUGCAUGGGAAACCAAUCAGGGUGGCUCUGUCUAAGCACACCUCGGUGCAGCUGCCCAGGGAUGGACUGGAUGACCAGGGCCUCACCAAAGACUUCACUAACUCGCCCCUGCACCGCUUCAAGAAGCCUGGUUCCAAGAACUUCCAGAAUAUUUUCCCUCCCACCACUACUCUUCACCUCUCCAACAUCCCAACGGACGUUUCCGAGGAAGACCUCCGACUGCUGUUCUCCAACGCCGGGGGGACCGUGAACGCAUUCAAGUUCUUUCAGGAUCACAAAAUGGCGCUGCUCCAGAUGUCAACGGUGGAGGAGGCCAUCCAGGGUCUGAUCGACCUCCACAACUACAACAUGGGUGACAACCAUCACCUGAGAGUCUCCUUCUCCAAAUCCACCAUCUAAACUUAUGCAUACUGAUCGAUCCUCCACAACAUCCAUCGCUUUCUGUUUUCCCUAGCAGAUUUUUGGCUGGCCAUUUGUUAAACCCUGUUGACUCGUUCCAGAUUCUGGGGACCACGUUUGGACCUUAUUGUUUCUUUCUAAGUGUUAUCAGUCAUUCCUUCAGAGAACCAGAAACCCAAACCGGGGGGGAGAAAAUGUUGUACUUCUAUGUUUUGAGGACAUUUUAACCCCUUAACCUGAUUCUGACCCCUGUGUUAGUCCCAUACCCUCUGACCCCCGUGUUAGUCCCAUAGCCUCUGAUCCUGACCCCUGUGUUAGUCCCAUAGCCUCUGAUCCUGACCCCUGUGUUAGUCCCAUAGCCUCUGAUCCUGACCCCUGUGUUAAUCCCACACCCCCCGGACCCCUGUGUUAAUCCCACACCCCCCUGACCCCUGUGUUAGUCCCAUACCUCCUGACCCCUGUGUUAGUCCCAUACCUCCUGACCCCUGUGUUAGUCCCAUACCCUCCUGACCCCUGUGUUAAUACCCGACCCCUGUGUUAGUCCCAUACCCUCCUGACCCCUGUGUUAGUCCCAUACCCCCCUGACCCCUGUGUUAAUCCCUGACCCAUUUGUAUGAUCAGCAAACUAUUUGCCUUUUCUACCUUCUCAUUAUGAAGGGUGGAUGAUUGGACAUGGGCGCCUCUUUUUUUUUUGACUGAUGAUUUAGUUCUACAAGAUAUGUGCCUUUACCAGACUAUCAACUCUUUUUACAUCCCAAAUAUUGACAUGAAUCCCUGUCUGAUGAUUUUGAGGCACAUUUAAUUUUGAUGUGAAAUUUAACAUGAUUUGUCUCUUCUCCCGUGUCACUGUUGUAGUUUGUAUGUUUCUGCCAUCCAUGUUUUGCCUUUUUCAGUUGCUGUUCAAUUUGUGAAGUCCCCCCCCCCCCUUUUCCCCGUUAAAUUCACUGUGGUUGUUGUGGAGUGGGGGAACAAUAUGAGAUUGAAGUUGAAUCAGUCUCUUUAUUUGACAUUUUAGCUCAUUUUAGACCAUGUUUCUUGUAGAGGAACAACCAACAAUACUGAUUUAUUAACCCUAGUUAUUUGUCCUUAUUUUUAUUUUUUUUAGUUUACACAUUUACUAAAAUAGUCUUAAUGUUUCUGUUCUUUAUAGGUUUUUUCAUCACAUUCAUGUACAUGGGGUAGGAGGUGAGAGGUUUUCUAUGCUUCUACUGCCUGUUCUUGGAAUAAAACAUUACGUAAUACUUUUACUAAUUUGAACUGCACUUUAACGGUCACGAUGAUGUCAUACACAUGACGAAGCAAAUGUUAUGACUGUUUUUGAGACAUACAGUUCAAACGAAGUGUUACCGGAAAAAAAUAAAAAAAAAUCUGCUUUUGCAUGUGUUGGAAGAGGUUAGCGAAGUAGAACCUGUUGUGAAGUCAACGUGUUGCUGUUUAGAGGGACAACCCCUGGUUGGGACCAAAGUCUGUGCCUUUUUUUUAGUCUUUAAUUUACAGUUGUAUCACAAAGGAAAAAGAAUCAACAUUUUAAUGAACCCCCUCUGAUUAUAUUUUGUAUAUCUGGGAGGAGAGAAAAAAAAAUUGCGGUAAGGUACACGACACGAUUCAUUAUCAACGACAUUAAUUCCUUAUACAGUUAUUUUAAGCAGACCUACUACACAUAAUACCCAUUAUGGUUUUAAGAAUCCCACAACCUCAACUUGCUGGAUAAAAGUGUGUUUUCAAGAGAGAAAAGUCGUGUGUUUUCUAUAUUGGUUACAUUUUUUUACAUCUCUGGAAAUGUUAAGAUUCAGAUAUAGUUUGGAAGCGGCACAAUUAAAAUAAUUUUCUAACAAAAAGUCGGGAGAUUUGGUCGGGCGUGUUUUUAGAUGUUUCUCUUCUAUCCUGUGUGUGUUCUGCUUUUCCUGUGUAGCAUGUUCAAUAAACUUCUGUAGUUCUAUUCA